AUGGUCCAUAUUUCCCUCCCUCGGAGCCUCCAUAAUCUAGGCAAGAGUAAAGACAAUGGCUCGUCUUCCAACAAUAAUGGAUCUCAACGUCCAGAGCCUCCGAGAGCUGGCAGCAGCAACUAUUCUCUCACACCCCCCGAAUCGAAACCCCUCAUUCUCAAAGUCUAUGUCAUAAAGGCAAGGAACCUGGCAGCCAAAGAUAAAUCUGGCACUUCUGACCCUUACCUUGUUGUCACCCUCGGCAACGCCAAACAGUCGACCCCUUCUAUCAGCAAGACCCUCAACCCAGAGUGGAAGAUCUGCCUUGACAUGCCUUUGACGGGCGUUCCCCUCUUAGAGUGUAUGUGCUGGGACAAAGACCGGUUUGGCAAGGACUAUAUGGGCGAAUUUGACAUCGCAAUUGAGGAUAUCUUUGCCAAUGGCAAGGUUCAGCAAGAGCCCAGAUGGUACAAGCUCAAGUCGAGAAGAGUGGGAAGCAAGAAAGAAAGCACAGUUUCUGGCGAGGUCUUGUUGCAAUUUUCCAUCGUCGACUCGGCAAAUCCUUCUGCCAGUCCAGAGGAGAUUCGCAAGAAAUUCUUAGCAUACAUCGGAUCUGAAGAGGAAGACGAUGAAUUGUCCAGGGUAUCUACCAAUGUCGACGCCGGCGACGAGGAUGUUGACGAUGCCGACGAGGAUUUGGAAGAGUCUGUGACCGAGACUGAAGCUGGUCCCAAGGGUACAAUUGCAGACAAGAAGGAGAAGAAGAGACGGCUGGCUCGCCUGCGUCGUAAAUCCAUUGCUGCAAGAGCCUACAAUUUCCUCGGCGCUGACAACGAUGUCAAUGGCGUUUUGUUUACGGAAAUCGUCAAGAUCACUGAUUUACCACCGGAACGGAAUAUGACCCGAACGUCAUUUGAUAUGGAUCCCUUCGUCGUAACAGCUCUGGGUCGCAAGGUCUUGCGUACUAAGGUAGUUCGGCACAACCUCAACCCCGUGUACAACGAGAAGAUGGUCUUUCAGAUCAUGAAGCAUGAGACCGGGUACUCGUUGACAUUUACCGUCAUCGACCGAGAUAAGCUGUCUGGAAAUGAUUUUGUGGCUUCCACCUCUUUUCCCAUUCAGAAGAUGAUCGAAGCAGGACCGGAGGAAGAUCCAGAAACAGGUCUCUACGAUCUUCCUGAACCUCCGGAAUUUUCAGCAGCGGUGGCCACGAACCAGAAUGGAAAGUCUAGAUUCCGACUCCCCUUGUCUCGGUCUUCUUCACAAGGCAGUCUUUCCAAACUCGCUCGUCCAAACUUUAAGCGAGAUGAUUCUUCAGUUUCGGUGUCGUCAUCUUUGUCAACUUCACUGAGCAACGAAGCUCGACCGCCUCCCCCAACGAGCGCGCCAGUUGACAGCAGUGCCAGUACUCUGAAAGUUCCUGGAACAGCCGAUAUUCCCAGCCCACAACCAGCAGAAGAUCCCACCAUGAAGUCGUACGUCUUGCCACUAGAGUUAAAGAACAAAGAACAAUGGGAAGACAAGCACCAUCCAGAGUUACACAUCCGCGGUCGAUACUUGCCUUACAAGGCACUGAGACAGCAAUUCUGGAGGGCAAUGUUCAAACAAUACGACACUGACGAUAGCAAACGUAUCAGUAAGAUUGAAUUCACUACAAUGCUCGACACGUUGGGCUCUACUUUAAAAGAAUCCACCAUCGAUAGCUUUUAUAACAGAUUUGCCGAGGAAAAUGAAGAGACCGGAGAGGUUGAUUUGAGUUUUGACCAAGCUGUCAUGUGCCUUGAAGAGCAGCUGCAGAAGGGAAGUGACAAGAAGACAACGAGUGAAAAGAUCAAGGCCGCCAUACCGACAAGUUUAAAACCACAAGAAGAUCCCAAUGUUGUCCAAAGCCAGAUACUCCCUGGAGAAGUUCCUGUGAUCGAGCAAAAGGUCACCGGCACCGCUGGAGAGGAGGGACAGCUACUCGACAACGAUCUCGAAGAUGUCGGCGAUAGUGAAGAACACGUCAUUGAAAUUCGAGAAUGCCCCAUCUGUCAUCAGCCCAAGCUUAACAAGCGGACUGAAGCCGACAUAAUCACUCAUAUCGCAACCUGCGCUAGUUCUGACUGGAGACAGGUGAACAACUUGGUGAUGGGUGGCUUUGUUACUCAAAGUCAAGCCCAACGCAAAUGGUAUUCGAAAGUCAUUACUAAGAUCAGCUACGGUGGCUAUAAGUUGGGAGCUAACAGUGCCAACAUCCUGGUUCAAGACCGAAUCACGGGCCAGAUCAACGAAGAACGAAUGUCGGUAUACGUGCGUAUUGGCAUUCGACUCCUCUACAAGGCUUUAGGAGCUCGAGAAAUGGAAAAGAGAAGAAUCAAGAAGCUGCUCAAGACACUGUCUAUCAAACAGGGCAAGAAAUACGACGAUCCGGCAUCAGUAUCCCAAAUCGAAGGCUUCAUCGACUUCCACCGCCUGAACAUGUCUGAAGUGCUUUUACCGACAGAUCAAUUCAAGAACUUCAACGAGUUCUUCUACAGAGCUCUGAAGCCAGGGGCAAGGCCUUGCAGUGCCCCUGACCGACCCGAGGUGAUUGUAUCUCCAGCUGACUGCCGUACGGUAGUGUUCAAUACGAUUGACGAUGCCACGAGGAUCUGGGUCAAGGGGAGGGACUAUUCGCUCGAGAAGCUCUUUGGUGAUGCAUAUCCUCUUGAGGCAAAACGGUAUAAGGGUGGCAGCAUGGGGAUCUUCCGACUGGCACCACAAGACUACCACCGUUUCCACGUACCGGUGGAUGGAACGAUCGGAACGCCCAAGACCAUUGAAGGCGAAUAUUACACCGUCAAUCCGAUGGCCAUCAGGUCGGCUCUGGACGUGUAUGGUGAAAACGUGCGAGUGUUGGUACCUAUUGAUUCUGUCGCGCAUGGCCGGGUCAUGUUUGUGUGUAUUGGUGCUAUGAUGGUCGGAUCGACAGUGAUUACGCGGAAACCAGGCGAGAAGGUCAAGCGAGCUGAAGAGCUAGGGUAUUUCAAGUUUGGCGGAAGCACGGUGCUUCUCUUUUUCGAACCCGGGAAGAUGGUUUACGAUGAUGAUCUGAUCGACAACAGCAACGGAGCUCUGGAAACAUUGGUCCGCGUCGGCAUGUCAAUCGGUCACUCGCCAGACGCCGAGCCACAUAAGCCAGAUAUGAAGAAAGACGAAAGCAAAAUCACGGCUGAAGAAAGAGCAGACGCGAAACGUAGGAUUGAAGGAAGUCUAGCCCCUAGUAAUGAUGGGGAGACAGCACCAGCUGCGUAG